AUGGGAUCAUUCAAAAUAUGCAAUCCGUCAUCAUUGACAUCACAUCUCCUCCGAUUACCAGCAGAACUCCGUCUCAAAAUCUAUGAAUAUGCUCUGGCAGUACCAAACGAGUACAUGAACAAGCCCUUGAUCGUGGUCGAUGACCGCGGAAAAGCAUUCACAGCCCGUGGCCAAUAUCGAGCUCUUGCAAUGAGCCCCAGCUGGGUCGGCGAAGACGGCACAGCGCGCAAGCUGCUUGCUGUCAACCAUCAGAUCCACGACGAGGCGGAAGAUUUCCUAUAUUCACAGCACACGCUUUUCUUCCGCAACUCGUUCGACCUAGAUCGGCUGGGUGAUUUCCUUGAUACACUCAGUGCCACUGCCCGCUCGCGCAUUCGCAGCGUCGGCUUUGAGAUCUUCUUCUUCGUUCACACGCAGAUUGGCGUGCCGAAGCGGACGAUCAAGCAGUAUGAGCGCGCGGCCAGGCUGCUGUCUGAAAAGCUACCAGAGUGGCGCAGUGUGUUGUUCUAUCUGGAUCCGCGCUUUUAUUAUCCCUCUGCUAAUGUUGGAGGGAGGGAUCUCACGGCGAGGGGAGUGUUGGAUCUUGCCAUGCGCUUUAGGUCUUGUCGGGACAUCAGUUUCUUCCCGUUGCCGAAUGGUGAUCAGCGGCUGUUGGAAGAGGCUCAGCAGUUUGUUUGGAGGAGUCGGUCACCGCCCAGGUCACCUACGUUUUGUUCGCUGUCGAGGAAGUAUUCGGACUUUUCCAAGUCUUUGCCAAAUCACUGGUCCGCAUCAUCUGUUUUCUGA